AUGGGACACUCCCCCGAGUUGUGCGUGGAUCAUUUGGUUUGGUGCGUUGAGUCGGUGGCAGACGGAAUGGAUGUUUUUGAGUCACUUACCGGCGUGAGGCCUUGCGUGGGCGGCCAACAUCUUGGCUUGGGUACCCACAACGCACUGGUAUCGCUUGGGGAAGGUGUGUAUUGUGAGUUGCUUGCGCAGGAUCCGGCUCAAUCUGUGGGAACAUGGCUUGGAAUUGAUUGCCCCAAGAAGCCGAAGCUCACAACAUUUUGCGUCCAACGCUCGGAUGGAAGGGGAGACCUGAGUGAAACAGGCAAAGCUGCUGCCAUAGCAGGGUGCGACAUAGGCUCCAUUCAAGAUUUCUCAAGGCAGAAUACAGAAGGGAAGACCCUCAGAUGGCGCCUGGCUUCUGACCAUCACAGAGCAGGAUUUGCAGCGCUUCCCAUGGCAGGUCUUGUGCCAUUUCUGGUCGACUGGUCUCCGAACCAGGCCGAGGGGAUGAAACACCCCUCGGCUAUUGCUCCUGACGGUUGCCGCCUGGUUGACUACGAGCAUCACACCCGGACGCGCCAGCUUUACAGAAAGCCCUGGAUGCCCUGA